GGCACCGAACAGAGCCUUUCACAUGAGACGAGGCAAUGAUGAUGCCUGAGGUGUGGAUCAUGCGCUGCGAACAGGCAGCGGUUUGCCAAGCUCUCGUGGCAGACACGUUUUCGCGCGCUUACUGCUGUGUCACGCUGGCUGCACGAGCCUGAAGUGAUUCAAAGGAUUGAGAGAGCGCGCGAUGGAAAGAGGGAGGAGGGAAGAUAUUUUAGAGGUGGACGAGAGAAUGACAGAACAUGAAAUCGCAAAUCAUGCCAUUUAAAACGAAUCCUACUCCUUGAGGAAACGCUGUCAGCGAUCGUGCCAAAUUAGAGAUGAAAUGAAAUAGCGCUUGCGCAUCCGGAUGUUUUUCUCGCAAAAAUGUGGUGCAUCAACUGCGCGUCGGAUAAGACUCCAGCGAUUCUUCAUAACAAGCUUGUGUACUGUGUGGAGGCAGAUUCUCAGUGUCCAGACACGGGUAGCUUUUCCGACAGCACCUGCAGUCAGGGCCCAUACCUGGGCAAUACGAACCGCUACGGGAACAUUCGAAACGCUCCAGGCCCUCAGAGGCCUUCUGUGGCCCCUACAAGCCCAGCGAGCCUGGCCUGGGCUCAACGGACCCGUCACCAGCCUGCCAGCCUGGCACUUCGCAAGCAAGAGGAGGAAGAGAGCAAACGCUGCAAAGCACUCUCUGAGAGCUAUGAGCUCUCCACAGACCUGCAGGACAAAAAGGUGGAGAUGCUGGAGAGGAAGUAUGGUGGUUACUUCCUGAGCAGGCGAGCGGCUCGCACCAUACAGACGGCGUUCCGGCAGUAUCGAAUGAACAAGAACUUUCAACAGCUACGCAGUUCCGCCUCUGAAAGCCGAAUGACCCGUCGGAUCAUCCUGUCGAACAUGCAUUCGCAGUACUCAUUUGACGAGCGACAGCCGCAGGUGCAGCCCCAGAUACCCCAUCAGCAGCAAGGUCGAUAUACCAGUCAUCAUAGCUCGAGUUUGGGUACAGCUGUCCAGCCGGGAACCCCAGACACACAGCAGGAGGCUGAUUCACCUGCACACUGUCCUUCAGAUAGAGAAGAGUAUUCACGUGCAGAUGAUGCCUUUAACAAACAGGUGACAUCUCUGGCUGACUCUAUAGAUGACACUCUGACAUGUCAGUCAGGACGAGGGGACUCUCAGGAUGGUGGUGGGGCAGGCGGUGAGGAGGGCGAUGAUUUCAGUGAGUGUGCAUGGAGCAGCAAACCCACCCAGCGAAGAGUAUUAGGAGAGCAUGAACGGCUAGGAGUCAUGCAUGAAGACAGCACAGCCACUUCGUACAGCGACGUCACACAUUAUAUGGAUGAUGGCAUGCCAUGUUCACCACUGUCCAUUGAGCGGGUUCCCUCCAGCACGGACACAGAGUACUGGGGAGUAAGCAGAGGGGUUGGAGGUCGCGAGGACAGCCGGGACAUUGAGGGUGGUGGGAGCAAUAACAGCAGGCGUAGCACACCAUGCACAGAAUGCAGAGAUUACCGUUUACGUGGGUCACACCUCCCUGUCCUUACCAUAGAUCCACCCAGCGACAGCUCGGUCGACAUGAGUGACCGCUCAGACCGCGGCUCCCUCAGCAGACAGCUGCUUUACGAGCAGGAGCCUGUGGGUGGCGGAUCGCCCCAAGAAACUCUUAAACACAACCCUGGCCCUCGCUCGCCCAAUCCCUGCGUGGCACAGGGCCAGACGCGACCUCCGGGCCGCCCCAUCCCAUCGCCUUUACCUACGCACUUUCCACAUCACACUAUGAUGCAUCACCACCAUCACCCACACCUUCACCAUCCAAUGCACCACCACCCUUUACCACAUAUCCAUCAUCCCUACCCAGACCCCACGUCCCCCUCCCCCACCCAGCCUCCACUCACGCCGCACUCUUCCUCGUCAUCCACGCCACUGCCUCCUACAGGCCUGGAGCACUCAGAUGGCGAUAAUGACUCACUGAAUUCUACCACCAACUCGAACGAGACCAUCAACUGCAGCUCAGGCUCUUCGUCCAGAGACAGUUUGAGAGAGCCACUGCCUCCGCUAGGAAAACAGACCUAUCAGAGAGAGAGCCGGCACAGCUGGGACUCGCCAGCUUUUAACAAUGACGUGGUGCAGAGGAGGCAAUACCGCAUUGGACUAAACCUCUUUAACAAGAAACCAGAAAAGGGGAUCCAGUAUUUGAUAGAGAGAGGCUUUGUUUCAGAUACACCUGUGGGCAUUGCACACUUCAUUCUGGAGAGAAAAGGCCUGAGUAGACAAAUGAUUGGGGAGUUUCUGGGCAACCGACAAAAACAGUUCAAUAAGGAUGUUUUAGACUGUGUGUUGGAUGAGAUGGAUUUCUCAGGCAUGGAUCUGGAUGACGCCUUGAGGAAGUUUCAGGCUCAGAUUAAAGUUCAGGGAGAAGCCCAGAAAGUGGAGAGACUGGUAGAGGCCUUCAGUCAGAGAUACUGUGUGUGCAACCCUGCACUUGUCCGUCAGUUUCAGAAUCCUGACACUAUCUUCAUCCUGGCCUUUGCCAUCAUCCUACUCAAUACGGACAUGUACAGUCCCAACGUCAAAGCUGAGAGGAAGAUGAAGCUGGAAGAUUUCAUCAAGAACCUGAGAGGAGUGGACAAUGGACAAGAUAUUCCCAGGGAUAUGUUAGUCGGAAUCUACCAGCGCAUUCAGAAAUGGGAACUCAGGACAAAUGAUGACCAUGUGUCUCAAGUGCAGGCUGUGGAGAGGGUCAUUGUGGGCAAGAAACCUGUGCUUUCUCUGCCACAUCGCAGGCUAGUAUGCUGCUGUCAGCUAUAUGAAGUCCCUGACCCCAAUCGACCCCAGCGGAGUGGAGUUCACCAGCGGGAGGUCUUCCUCUUUAAUGACCUUCUGGUGGUAACAAAGAUCUUUCAGAAGAAGAAGACGUCGGUUACGUACAGUUUCAGACAGUCUUUUCCCCUGGUGGAGAUGCAGGUUCAUAUGUUCCAGAACUCCUACUACCCUCAUGGUAUCAAACUGACAUCAGCAAUGCCUGGCAGUGAGCGUAAGGUUCUGAUCGUGUUCAAUGCACCGAGCCAGCAGGACCGAACACGCUUCACCAGUGACCUGAGUGAGAGCGUUGCUGAGGUUCAGGACAUGGAGAAAUACCGUGUCGAGUCGGAGUUAGAGAAGCAGAAAGGUGUGAUGCGUCCAGGGCUCUUGAGUGGAGAUGUGGGUGGGGUUGGCGGGAUGAAGACUGAAGCUGUGAACGGCACUCUGGGUAGGCCCAGUCUAGAUGACACAUAUGCGGCAGGGGAUGGACUUAAACGAACAGCACUUAGCUCCUCACUGAGAGACCUCUCUGAGACAGGCAAGCGAGGCCGUAGAAACAGCGUUGGCUCUUUGGAUAGUACUAUUGAAGGAUCCAUCAUUAACAGCCCACAGCCACACCAACGCAGGCCCAUGGAGGGCGCCGUUCCUGGCUGCUACGGGGUGGAAGACUACCGGCCUCACCGCCCCAUCCUGAGCCCCGGAGUAGGGGUGGGGGGUGGGCCGGGGCAGCUUCACAACGUCGCAGGGAACAUGGGGGGAAUCCCUGGCAUCUGCGAUCGAGGUGGGGGGACGGGGAGCAGUUCUGGAGGGAGCAAUUCAGGUUCCUUCCUGGGCUCCCUAUUUGGCAGCAAGCGCGCCAAACCCCCUGCUCCCCUUACACCCCCUGGGCCACAUUACCCAGCCCCCGUACCUCCGCCCACUACAGGGGGGCCACCACCACCAUCCCCCUCCGCCCUCAGCCAGUCAGACCCUGGUGGGCCAUCCAAAAUUCAAGCGCUGCACGCUCAGUACUGUCACAACAACUUUGGCCAUCCUCCGCCCCCAUACCACCAUCAUCACAGAUAUCACAUGCAGGUGUCCGCCCCAGACCAUUUGCCCACUACCCACCUUACUCUGCAACGAGGGUCCCUCCCCCGGCGUGGGCCACCCGCUCCGUCUCACGCCCAGCUCCAGCAGCAACUAUCCCAUCAUGCUAUGCUGCAAGGCCGCUAUGGCAAUAUGGCCUGCACCCCUCCGCCUCCGUCCCCCCAUUCGCCCCAUUCCCCCAUCGCCCCAUUCAGCUUCUACCACGCUCACCCCAUUCGCCAUGCCCGUGCACCAGGUCCUACAGGCAAGCUUCCACUCACCUUGUCUCACUCUCAGCCCCACCCACACGCCCACUCCCACGUUUACUCUCAUACCCACAGCCAUCCAGGCCUCACCCUCAGCCCCCACCCCCUACUUCAUCACUCUGCCCAUCAGACUCACUUCGUCUUCUCCCUCCUCCUCAGGCGCCAUCCGCAAUCACCGCCCGCCACAUACCCCAGAGCACCGGCCACUACAUACCACAGUACCCGCCCCUCUCCUCCAUCCCACCCCCUCCACCACACUCCCCGUUACCUCCUCCAUCCUCCCCACAUACCCCUCUCACCCCUUUUACGCCACUAUCUCCGCUCACUCCAGGACCCCUGGGGGCUCAGUCGGGCGGCCCAGGGGGCGGAGGAGGCGGGGCCAGCAACAGCAGCAUGGGCGGCAGCUCCAAAUCCAAACCUGUCAACCGCAUCAGCACAGUGGUGUGAGGGUGAGCCAUGGCAGAGGGCGCAGGGUGAGAGUCCCAACGCAGAGGAGACGAAGUCUAGGCAAGAGGAAGCACACCGUACUCAGACUCUGUUACUUCCACAUCCGCUUCCCUCAUGUGUAGAGCCUCACUGGAAAUUAACAGAGUGGAACCUGGUCGGCUAUAUUACUAGCCUGAAUGGUGAAACACUAUUGCUGUUAGCCACAUUUCAAAACAUAGGCUUUGUGACAGCAUCUAAUCAGCAUCACCUGAAUGUCUGAGAAGCUAAAAGUGGUGGAGGUAGAUUCUGUUUAAGGUUGAAAUGUUUUUGAAGUUUGAUAUUUGAUGUGUUUUGCUGCCAAAGGAAGAGAUUACAAGAGGAAAAGGGGGUGCCAAUGUAAGUCAGACUUAAAGUCCUGAAUUGACCCAUGCUUAAGCAAGCAGGUGAACUCCUUCCCAACGAAAACUGAGGAGGAAGUCGACAUGGACAAAGCUGGAUUAAUGAGUAGAAAAUAAAACAGUAGAAGAAAAUAAGACUUGAACUGAACUUUUCCAUUCGCAGUCUUUUUUAGUCUUUGUCAGUUUUCAUGUAUAUCCGACAAUCAUUUCAGGGUCAGUCCGAACACUUUCGCUUGAUAUAUUCCUUAAACUCAUCAAACAUAUUUCUCAACCGAAGUAUAAAAAGGGACAGCAUGCACUUAGAGGGAUGCUAAACACAUAAUUUUUUAUGUGUAAGACAUAUAUUUUGUUUUAAAAAGACUUCUCUUUUUAACUUGUCAGUGUGGGAAUGAGCAGUUAUCACUUAGAAAAGCUUUGCAUAUAUCUUCAUGCCGACUGGGGGACCAUUUUUAUUUUGAGGCUAUACGAAUAAGGAUUUUUUUUCUGAAGUUGCUGGGUGUCAAGUAUGCAAUAAGUCAGCCAUACUAGUGUUUUUUGUUUGUUUUUAAGACCACAGAGAAAAUAUGUAACCUGAAUGUGUAGAGGCAGGUGAACAUUUUUGGGGUAGAGUUCAUAUUUUUUAAGAACAUCCAAUAUACACAACAAAUUUUGACUAAUGACCACCAAUCAUUGAUCUGUAUGCUUAAAUUACAAAAUCAACACCUCUGCUUAUUAUCUGCCACCUGUUACCUCAAUAUCUGUACUUACCUUGUAAUGUUGACGCUUCACCAUUCUUUUAACUAUUUAAACAAUCUCACAUGACUAAUGAAACAUUUAAAUUGGCAAUUCAUUACAUAACCUUAGUGCCUACUGUAAAGGUUUGUCAUUGGAGGUUUGGGAUCAAUGGUUAUGUCAUAAUGCACCUGGCUAUGUUCUCCUGAUAACCUGCGGAGAAAUAGGAUGUGCUUAUGGAGAAACGUUAGUUAAAUAUUGACAUGAAUAUUAUACUUGUGGUCUUGGUUUUGUACAGCUUCAUAAGAAGGCGGUUGAAAUAGGUUUAACCGUUUAUAAGUUAAUAUUCAGAAACUGAAUUUAAAAAGAACGUCUGGUAUGGGUGAUUUUAUGGGUGACUACUAUUAUGAUGUCAAAUACUACUCAUAUAAUUAUUGCUAUUUUUGGUGUAAAAGCUACAGCUAAUAUGAUUUGUGGGUAUGUUUUAGCAGAGUGAUGUGCAGAUUGUUUUUUAAGAGCUUUUUUAGACCAACGAACUGGUUAGAUUUUCUUGUGUACAGUUAAUGUCUUGCAAACUAAUUGGACUGCUGAUUUCAGGUAAAUGUUUGCAGCAAGUUUGUAAAACUAUACUAUCUGUGUAAAGCUGUUUGAUCUGUGUAAAAGUCAUUGUUGCCAGAAGCCAUACACACAUACUUGAGAAACUUGCUCUUUUAAUAUUGUGAAUUUAUGCUGAGUUGCAUGUCCAAUGUUAGUGCCCUCUUUAUUUUUUUAUAUGAAAGCGUGUUUAGGGAUCUAUAUUAUCCGCACACUCAAACACAUACACUAUUUUGGUUUUGCACAUACAUUAAAGUUCAUCAGUGCCUAUGAUUUAAAGCGCCAAAACCAUCUGCAUCCUUCCAAAUAUACUCUUUCUCUUUUCUCACCACCCCCCGCCAACCAGUAUGGGCCAUUUUCUCUCUAUUAGCACAGAAUCAUUCACAGUAUUACAUUAAGGAUGUGUUUGUGUUGUGGCAGUUAUUUUUAUACUUAUACAAUUUUAAUAGGUUUUAAAGUCCUACAAAGAUAGAAACAUAUUUUAAGUCUCUGCCUCUAGGCCCUGUCCUUUUAUUAAUAUUUUUUAAUUAUAAUGCAUUUUGUUUUUUAUAUAAUGCAUUUAGCCAAAAUAUGAUUUUUAUUCAGGUAAUCACUUGGUUUCCAAUUAUUUAAACAUGCUAGCACUGUCAAUGGCUGGAGGAAAUCCUUAAAGUGACAGUUUGCCCAAACAUGAAAAUUCUGCCAUUCUUUACUAACCCUUAUGCUGUUCUAAACCCAUCCGAGCUGCUCUCUUCCAUACCAUUUAAUUGGAUGGUCACCAGGGGCUGUCAGAUUAUAAAAUGCAUCAUAAAAGUUGUUCAUAUGACUUAUGUGCCAUAUUCCAAGUCUUCUGAAGACAUACGAUAGCUUUAAGUGAGGAACAGACUGUUAUUCAAUGAAAAUCUUGCUUGACAGUCUUGGUCUCCAUUCACUUUAAUUGUAUGGAAAAGUGCAGCUUGAACAUUCUUCUAUGAAUUUCUCCUUUUGUAUUUAAUGGACAAAAGAAAGGCAUACAGGUUUGGAACAACAUAAGGGUGAGAAAAUUAUUACAGAAUUUUCAUGUUUGGGUGAACCACCCAUUUAAAACCUUUGUGGACAGAAUAUAACUCCAUGUCCCAUUUAAUUCAUCUGUGGCAUGAUCUGAAUUUAGAGGGCCGUUCAUCACAUUUCACAUUCUCUCCUAUGGGCUGUUUUGCUUCUCUCUUAAUGUUUGCUCUUGUGCUUGUAUUAAGUGUCCUGAGUGCUGGGGCAUGCUAAGAUCAAACACAAAUAAAGCAGAGGUGUAUGAUGUUAAAAAAAAAUCAAUCCACUAGUCUUUUCGAAACAUGCGAUCUGGUUUCUGGAUACUUUACAUGUUGAACCACCAAGCCCCUUGUUGCAUGUGUAUCUGCACUUAGCUGAAUGAUGCUGUAUAAACCUGAAUGUAUAUAUUAGCUGACAUAAAUAUGCCAUAUAUACUCUGCACUGGACUUCGGGAUCAAUAUCUGACUGGGAAUGGGCACAAGUUUACAUUUUAAAGACUUGUGGGGGCUUGGAAUGAAUUGUAAUUGUACAAUUGUAUCAGUAUGUGUGUAAGAGCAGUUCCUAUAUUUAAAAAGAAUUGUACGAAGUUUUAUUUGUAUAUAUGUAUGAGGUCUCAAUGCAAAACUAAUUUAGAGAAAUUAUGUGAUAAUUUAUUGCUCUCAUUCUAUAAAACGUGUUCUUGCUGUUGGAAAGACUUUUUAUUUCUGAGAUCACAAUAUUUUAAGCGCAUACUUAUCUGCUGUUUGUUUCUCUCUUUUGGUGUGUGUCUAAAUUUGUGAAGGUGCUUUGCAUGUCUCUCAACAUGACAUGGCCCAGGUUACUUCAUACAAAAUGGGUUUAUUUGUCUAAAGUGAUACAGAUUAUGCAUUGAUAUAACCACUCAUAAACAAAUGCACAUUACACAUUUUGUAAUUAGGAUUAUUGAUAUUAAUCAACAGGUACCAUAUCAGUAUAAAUAUAAGCAUAGAAGUCUACAUACUAAUACACAGAGAGAAAUGGUAAAUUAAGUUGAAUAUAUUCCUCUGGUCACAGAUAUGGUAUACUGAGAAAUGUUCAUUGUGUGCUUCAAGUGCCUGUACAUUAUAGUCAAAGUUAUGUAAAAAUUAGUCAAGCUCAGCAAGUCAUUCUCAUCAACAGGGGAUGUUAAAAGUGGUCAAAACUCAUAAGGCUAUUUUUCUUAAAAAAAUGAAUGAGAACCAAAUUUACAUUUUUGGUUGAACUGUCCUUUUAAGGUUGCAUGUUACUAAUAACAGUAUAUUUAAAUGCACAACCUGUUUUAAUGACAAAGCUGGUUAGAUUUAAUAAAGUUCCAGUGUAUUUUGUGCUUCCAUUUUUGCUGGUGGUUCGUAUGUGUUAAAUUUAGGACACACAGGCUAUUUAAUAGAAGUAAAAAUGGUGUUGGGAGUGAGUUGCCGUACAUUCAGAUUGUAAUUACUACAUUCGUCAUAAAUGGACCAAAUCAGUAGUACAAAUGUUUAGCAACAUGUCACUGUAGGAAAGUUUAACAUGGUUGUGUCUGCACUGAUUAGCACUUGAGAGUUGAGAUGCUGUAAUUACAAUAGUAAAUAAUCAAUCACAAAUGAGUUGAGAAUCAUAUUGUUGCUUUUCUUUUGUGCACCUGUGAGGGAUUUCACAUACAAGUUCCAUUUUUCCAUUCAACCCCACAGAGUGUGCUUGUGUACAGUGUGUGUGCCUUGUGUUUGCCUGUAUAUGUUCUGUCAACAUUCAUUAAUUUCAAGUCUUUGUACGUCACCCAUGUGCUUUUUCAGUUUGAUCCAUGAAAGCAGAUGUGUGACCUCAGAGGUUUCAUUAUAUGUUGCUGAAAUAUCAUUUUAAAAGUUGUUUUGUGCCAGUUGACAUAUAUUGAUAAAGAAAAUUCAAGUUAGUUAAUAGUUCCACCAGUUCUGAAAGUUUUAUCAGCCUGUGAAUCUAAAGACGAUUACAGGUCCUUCUCAAA